AUGUCUGUCAACAAUCUUCUCCGAGUCAGCAUUGAAUCUAAGCACUACCCUGGAAACUUCCUUCGCCUUGACGGGCGUGGUCUCACCCAGAAUGCUGGCGGCGUCGUCAAUGUCCAGGACUAUGUUGGAAAGUACGAGACGUUGAUUAUUAUCAACCAUCCCGAGGACAACACAUUCUCCAUCCUUUCCGCUGAGUUCCCUAACAUCUAUCUUCGGAUGGAUGGUGGGAAUGUCAAACCCGGACAGAGGUAUGGCUCUGGCACUGGGGUGGUCAACUGUCAAGUGGGCAGCCGCAGCUACGAGAAAUUCCGCUUCGUGGACCAAGAGGACGGAUCGAAAGCUAUCGUCUCUGUGAGAUUCCCUGAUGCCUAUCUUCGCAUGGAGAAUGAGAAAAAAGAAGGUGGAUCUGGUGGAGGUGGAACUGUCAACUGUCAGAGCUAUGUUGGCACCUUGGAGAAAUUUAUUAUUCAUGUUGUGUAG